AUGUCCAAGUCGUCGGCUACUCCCUACUUCCAGACCAUGUCACCAGUUCCUCCCGAACCCACACCGUCACAAGCACCUCCUUCGCUCGCGACAGCAACGCGUGAAGCCGGACCGACGUCAACCACACCCUCCAGCUUCCCCAAAGUCAAACUACGCCUCGAACUUCGCGAUCUUUCGCACAAGUCCACCGACCUCUUCCUCAAGAAUUUCAACAGCGCCAAAGACUUUGCCGAUCUGGUCGAGAUCGUCGAGAAGCAACUCUAUACCUGUACCAACCAUGAAGACGCAUCAACGAGACUGCCGGUACCCUCGCAUACAAAGAUCCCUGGUACCCGCUCUGUCACGUUGAUCCUACGUGACAUGGAUGGCGUGGCAUACACCACUGGCACAGACAUCGACAAUGAUCACAAAGAAAUUCACCUCUCGCUGUCCUACCUCAAUCACGUCGCAUCACAAAAAGCCGGCUACUCUGCCCGUACCGAAAUCCUUGGUGUCGUCUGUCACGAGCUUGUACACUGCUUCCAGUGGAAUGCCAGAGGCACUUGCAACGGAGGGCUCAUCGAAGGCAUCGCCGAUUGGGUUCGUCUGAACGCUGGCUUCAUCCCUCCACACUGGAAGAAAGAGGCUGGCAAGAGCUGGGAUACCGGAUACCAGAACACUGGCUACUUUCUUGAUUGGAUUGAGAAGACCAGAGGCACAGGUAGCGUCUACAUGAUCAACCAGGCAUUAUACCACAAGAAGUACGACAACGACACAUUCUGGAAGGAUUUGUUCGACCAAAGCGUUGACAGUUUAUGGAAAGAGUACGGCGAGUCGCUGAAGAAGCCCAAGGACGAGUCCGAGAGCUUUGGCGAUCCGAACCUGAAGAUGCAGAUUCGUAUCAAGAAAGAGGUGGAAGGUUCAUAG